UUGGUGUGUCCCUGGGAUUGGCAAAGGAAAAUACUUUCGGCAAGUAUAACGCAAUUUUUUUAUUUCGGCAGUUGAGUUUUUUUCCAAGAAAAAUUUGGCUUGCCGCGCAUUAAGCAAUAUGAAUAGUGUACAUAACGCUUUUGCUGCGGCGCAAAAGCGACGCUUGUCCGAAUGCGAGGUAAAGCAAACGGACGCGCCCCUACCGCUGCAGGAGCAACCGGAGCCGAAGCAGCGCAGAACAGAGCUGCAGGAGCAGCGGCAGCAGCAGGAGGAGAAGCAGCCACAUAAGAAUCAUCUGCUGAGCUUCUGCAAUGAGCUGCUCUAUGAGAUAUUUAAGUAUCUGGACUCGGCCUCCAUAAUGGCGGUGAUGCACUGCUCGCCGCGCUUUGAGACUUUGCUUUUGGAUCAUCGCUUCUGGCACAAUAUUGAUCUCAGUAAUGCGCCGCUGCCGUUGGGUAUAUUGGAGGAGAUACUGGGACGUGCUACAGAAAAGACGCACACCAUUAAAAUCUGUGGGCCACCCUCAUCGCAGCAUGUUGCUGGCGAGUUUAAGCAGUUCACAUGCACCCUGACCUCGGUGUUUCCCAAGGUGGCCACACAGUUGAAGGUCCUGGAGCUGCAGGGCGUCAGCCUGGACUUUGAAUGUAUACAUAUAUCGGAAUUCCCAUCCUCGCUGAAGCGUUUAACGCUCAAGGAUUGCAGCGUAAAGAUUGGAGAUCAUGAGAAGAGCAUAUUUCAUACAAUAGAAAAGCAAUUGGUUGUGUUGGAGGACCUGAGUAUCGAGGAUAACAAUUGGUUUGAGCCAUCCUACAUUAUGGCGCUCUCGAAGCUGCCCUCGCUGCGCCGACUCAGCCUAAAGGGCUGCCAAAUGAUGUGCAAAUUAUUGCCCUAUGGCAGCAUGGCGGUACGCUUUGGCUUUCAAAAGUUGGAGGUGCUCGAUUUGCGUCUGACGCCCAUUAACAACUCAGAUCUGCAGUGCCUUAGAGCCAUAAAGGGACUCAGGGAACUGCUGCUGGAUUCGCCUCCGUUGCUGUGUCCAAUGAUGCAAAAGUACGGUUCGCAUCUCGCACAGCAAUUUUGCAUUUCGAAUUGCGCAGACCAAAGGUGAUGUCUGUGAAAACGUAUUUGAUGUUGGCAAAGUCCUUCAGCGCCGGUUCCUUGGAUAUAAUGUGCUCGGUGUCCUGCUUGAUCUGAACAACCGGCGGCAUUUGUAGUAAUAUCUUUGCCUUUUCAAUGGUCUGAACAAACUACUUGCAAGUUGUGCUGUAGUCAUGAAUUUCGACUGUGUACUGUUGUCCGGGUCGGUGCGCUUCCGGAAAACCAUCUCCAGCUGCAGUUGGGUCAUGGACUAAAAACAGGUGCUGCGUUUCGUCAUCUGUGAACCGCGGUGGGGGGGUCUGCAUCGUAUUGGAAACUGGCAUGCUUUUGACCUGGCCUCUUUGCUGGGCAUUCAGUUUGCGUAGUUGCCUCAAAAUUAAAAUUUGUAUUUAAAUAAACCUGCAAACAACCAAGG